AUUCUAGGAAUGUUAAAGUAAAAGUUUGCUCUGGUGGCUGAGAGCAGCGAAGGAAAGACCGAUUGGAAGGAAGUCGGGUCUCACGCCACAACCUCUCCCGGGUUUUGGACCGUGGUGAUGCCAGCCGGCUGAAAAUCUCAGAUUGGAAAUUCUCCCUCCCUCCACCCCACCUUUUCCCACCUCGAUUUUUCCACCUGCACACCCCCCCUACCUCAGCCCCGGCCCUGUUCUGGGAUGGGCUGUCAGCCUGCAGCCAGAGAUGCCCCCUUUCUGCUGCUCUUCCUCGCCCAAGUGGCAACACCGACGUGGUACGCGGGCUCAGGCUAUCACCCUGAUGACAGCUACAACGAAGUGUAUGUGGAACAGCCCCCUCAGGCCCCUGCUCUGGAUUACAGAGUUCCCCGGUGGUGCUACACCCUGAAUGUCCAGGAUGGAGAGGCCACCUGCUACUCCCCCCGGGGAGGGAACUAUCACAGCAGCCUGGGGACCCGCUGUGAGCUGUCCUGCGACCGCGGCUACCGGCUGAUCGGACGCCGGUCUGUCCAGUGCCUGCCAAGCCGGCGUUGGUCUGGGAUGGGCUACUGCAGGCAGGUGAGGUGCCACGUGCUGUCCCUGCCCACCAGCGGUUCCUACAUGUGCACCAACGGAGUGGCGCUCGACUCCCGUUGCGACUACAGCUGCACCAGUGGUUACCACCUGGAGGGCGACCGCAGUCGCCUGUGCAUGGAGGAUGGGCGAUGGAGCGGAGGGGAUCCCGUGUGUGUAGAUCUCGAGCCCCCCAAGAUCCGCUGCCCUCAAUCCCGUGAGAAGAUGGCCGAGCCAGAGAAGCUGACCGCCAGGGUGUACUGGGACCCUCCCAUUGCCAAGGACUCGGCCGAUGGCACCAUCACCAGACUGACGCUGCGAGGCCCAGAGCCCGGCUCGGAUUUGCCAGAAGGGGAGCACGUGAUCCGGUACACCGCCUACGACCGGGCCUACAACAGGGCCAGCUGCAAAUUCAUAGUGAAGGUCCAAGUGAGGCGCUGCCCGACCCUUCAGCCACCCCAGCACGGCUACCUCACCUGCACCUCCGAGGGGAACAACUACGGUGCCAUCUGCGAGUACCACUGUGACGGGGGCUAUGAGCGCAGGGGCACAUCCUCCCGGGUCUGCCAGUCCAGCCGCCAGUGGUCAGAGAGCCAGCCCACCUGCGUAGCCAUGCAGAUUAACGUGAACGUCAACUCGGCCACGGCCCUCCUGGACCAAUUCUACGAGAAGCGGCGUCUCCUCCUCGUCUCUGCUCCCGACCCCUCCGACCGCUACUACAAGAUGCAGAUCUCAAUGCUCCAGCAAGCCACGUGCGGGCUGGACCUGCGUCACGUAACCAUCAUCGAGCUGGUGGGGCAGCCGCCCCAGGAGGUGGGGCGUAUCCGGGAGCAACAGCUGUCAGCCGGCAUCAUCGAGGAGCUCAGGCAGUUCCAGCGCGUCACCCGCUCCUACUUCAACAUGGUGCUGAUCGACAAGCUGGGCCUGGACCGCGAACGCUACAUGGAGCCUGUCACGGCCGAGGAGAUCUUCUCCUUCAUCGACGAUUACCUUCUGAGCAACCAGGAGCUGGCCCAGCGCAGAGCGCAGAGGGACUUCUGUGAAUGAGUGGGGCAGGGAGCAGAGCUGGCGGCGAGGGGGACCUUGGCUUCCAAUGCUGAACCCCGGGGCCUCCGGGACUCCCCGAGUUGCCUUCACUUGGACUUCGGGUGCAGGAAGAAGUGGCCCACGGCCACAG